AGUGACAGCAACAGUAGUGACAGUAGCAGCAACAGCAGUGACAACAACAGUAGUGACAGCAACAGUAGUGACAGUAGCAGCAACAGUAGUAACAGCAACAGUAGUGACAGCAACAUUAGUGACAGUAGCAGCAACAAUAGUAACAGCAACAGUAGUGACAGCAACAGUAGUGACAACAACAGUAGUGACAACAACAGUAGUGACAGCAACAGUAGUGACAGCAACAGUAGUGACAGCAACAGUAGUGACAGCAACACUAGUACACAGCAAAGCAACAGUAGUGACAGCAACAGUAGUGACAGUAGCAACAUCAGUGACAACAACAGUAGUGACAGCAACAGUAGUGACAGUAGCAGCAACAGUAGUAACAGCAAUAGUAGUGACAGUAGCAGCAACAGUAGUGACAGCAACAGUAGUGACAGUAGCAGCAAUAGUAGUAACAGCAACAGUAGUGACAGCAACAGUAGUAGCAACAGUAGUGACAGUAACAGCAACAGUAGUGACAGUCACAGCAACAGUAGUGACAGCAACAGUAGUGACAGUAGCAGCAACACAGCAAAUAGUGACAGUAGCAGCAACGGUAGUGACAGCAACAGUAGUGACAGUAGCAGCAACAGCAGUUACAACAACAGUAGUGACAGUAACAGCAACAAUAGUGACAGCAACAGUAGUGACAGUAGCAGUGACAGUAGUAACAGCAACAGUAGUGACAGCAACAGUAGUGACAGUAGCAGCAGCAGUGACAACAACAGUAGUGACAGUAGCAGCAAGAGCAGUAACAGCAACAGUAGUGACAGCAACAGUAGUGACAGUAGCAGCAGCAGUGAAUACAACAGUAGUGACAGUAGCAGCAACAGCAGUGACAACAACAGUAGUGACAGUAGCAGCAACAGCAGUGACAACAACAGCAGUGACAACAACAGUAGUGACAAUAGCAGCAGCAGUGACAACAACAGUAGUAACAGUUGCAGCAAGACCAGUAGCAGCAACAGUAGUGACAGCAACAGUAGUGACAGCAACAGUAGUGACAGUAGCAGCAACAGCAGUGACAACAACAGUAGUGACAGCAACAGUAGUGACAGCAACAGUAGUGACAGCAACAGUAGUGACAGUAGCAGCAACAGCAGUGACAACAACAGUAGUGACAGCAACAGUAGUGACAGUAGCAGCAACAGUAGUAACAGCAACAGUAGUGACAGCAACAUUAGUGACAGUAGCAGCAACAAUAGUAACAGCAACAGUAGUGACAGCAACAGUAGUGACAACAACAGUAGUGACAACAACAGUAGUGACAGCAACAGUAGUGACAGCAACAGUAGUGACAGCAACAGUAGUGAUAGCAACACUAGUGACAGUAGCAGCAACAGUAGUGACAGCAACAGUAGUGACAGUAGCAGCAACAUCAGUGACAACAACAGUAGUGACAGCAACAGUAGUGACAGCAAUAGUAGCAGCAAAAGUAGUGAUUGCAACAGUAGUGACAGCAACAGAAGUGACAGCACCAGUAGUGACAACAAGAGUAAUGACAGCAACAGUAGUGUCGGCAGCAACAGCAGUAGUGACAGCAAUAGUAGCAGCAAAAGUAGUGAUUGCAACAGUAGUGACAGCAAGAGUAAUGACAGCAACAGCAGUAGUGACAGCAGCAACAACGGCAGUGACACCAACAGUAUUGACAACAACAACAGUGGUGACAGCAACAGUAGUAACAGCAACAGUAGUGACAACAACAGUAGCAGCAACAGUACUAACAGCAGUAACAGUGACAGCAGCAGCAACAGCACUGACAGCAGCAGUAGUGUCAGCAGCAACAACAGCAGUGACAGCAACAUUAGUUACAGCAACAGUAGUGACAGCAACAGUAACAGCAACAUUACAAACAGUAGUGACAGCAGCAGCAGUGCCAGCGACAGUAGUGGCAGCAGCAGUAGUGCCAACAACAGUAGUGUAAGUAACAGCAGUGCCAGCAACAGUAGUGGCAGCAGCAGCAGUGCCAGCAACAGUAGCGGCAGCAGCAGCAGUGCCAGCAACAGUAGUGGCAGCAGCAGCAGUGCCAGCAACAGCAACUGUAGUGACAGCAGUAGUAGUGGUGGCAGCAGGAGUGACAGCAGCAGCAGUGACAGCAGCAUUAGUGACAUCAGUAGUAGUGACAGCAGCAGUAGUGACAGUAGCAGUAGUGACAGCAGCAGUAGUGACGGCAGCAGGAGUGACAGCAGCAGUAGUGACAGCAGUAGCAGUAUUGACAGCAACAGUAGUGACAGCAGCAGUAGUGACAGCAGCAGCAACAGUAGUGACAGCAGCAGUAGUGACAGCAGCAGUAGUGAUAGUAGCAGUAGUGACAGCAACAGCAGGAGUGACAGCAGCAGUAUUGACAGCAACAGUAUUGACAGCAGCAGGGUGACAGCAACAGCGUGA